AUGAAUAGACAUAGGGUGGACAUAUGUGGACUUUCUGAAACAAAACGUAAAGGUCAGGGUACUAUAAAAUAUGAAAAUUAUGUCUUAUGCUAUAGUGGAAAGCCAAAACACGAUCGAGCCCACUCCGGAGUUGGUAUACUUCUGCAUGAAAAAUGCGUUGAUCUAAUAGACACCAUCGAAUACGUAAGUGACAGAAUACUAAGGGUAACACUUAUCCUUCCCAGGGGACAUCUACAUCUUGUGAGCAUCUACGCACCGGAUAUGUCGAAGACAAGAGAAGAAUCAGAUGUUUUCUAUAGAGAGCUACAAAACACCAUCGACAAAAUUGACAAUAGCGGAAGAAUAAUACUUUUUGGUGACUUCAAUGCUAGGAUAGGAUCAGAGGAAAUUGAUGGAGUGAAACAACGAUUUAAUGAAUCCGUGUUAAAUGAAAAUGGAGACUUACUGAAUGAUUUUUGUGCAAGGAACGAAAUGAGAAUAAACAACUCGUAUUUUCCACACAGGGAUCAACAUAAGUACACCUUUUGCAACACUAGAGGACAAAAGUCUACAAUUGACUAUAUAAUAACUAAUAGAUCUUUCACACCAGAUGAGAUACAGGAUGUAAGGGUCCUUACCUCUGCCAAUACCGGAACAUAUCACAACCUAGUUCUCGGAAAAUUCGUUUUGGAAAAUCACCGUAAAAUGAAGAAGAGACCAAUUAUAGUCGAAAAAUAUAACAUGGAAUCAUUUGACGACGAUACCACCAGAAACCUGUACGAAUGUAGGCUAAAUCAGAAACUUCAGGCAGAGGUUACCACAGGAGAGCGUGGAGGGUAUAUGGAAUAUUAUUAG